AGCAGGAAGUGACGAUCUCCAGGAGUCCUACUUCCUCCUCCACUUCCAAAGAUGUUCCUACUGCCUUUUAACUUCCUGCGCCCCGUGCUUCAAGUCUCGGGAGCCUGGAGUGCCAGGGAUGGCCUUGGAGAGGGACAGACUGGCAGGCCAGGUGGUGACUUUGAAGGAUGUGGCUGUGGACUUCACUUGGGAGGAGUGGCGCCUCUUGUCCCCUCCCCAGAAGGAGCUGUACAAGGAAGUGAUGGUGGAGAAUACCAGGAACCUGCUCUCUAUGGAAGGAGAGAUCAGACCUGAAAUGAAGGGGAAUCCAACAGAGGAAGAGGUGACAUUCAAGGAUGUGGCUGUGGACUUCACUUGGGAGGAGUGGCACCUCUUGUCCCCUCCCCAGAAGGAGCUGUACAAGGAAGUGAUGGUGGAGAAUACCAGGAACCUGCUCUCUAUGGGUCUUGUAGCUCCCCCAGAAGCCUUGGUCUCUUAUUUGGAGCAGAGAGAAGCCCCAUGGAUGCUGGAGCAAGAAGGCCUGAGUAGCUGCUGCCCAGGAGGAGAGGUCAGACCUAAAAAGAAGGCUAAUUCAACAGACAUGAGCCUUCCUGUGGAAGAAACGGACCUACAAAGAUUCAUGAAUAAUGGUUCUGAUAACUUUGAUUUCAGAGAAUUUGGUGUUGCAACUCAAAAUUCAUCUCAUAUUGAACAUCAAAGAAUGCACACGAAGGAAAAAUCUACUGAAAGUAAUCAUUGUAAAAAGACUUUUAUGCCCAGGGUCAGUCUUGUUAGACAUCAGAGCAUCAACACUGGUGAGAGACCGUAUGAAUUCAAGCAGUGUGGAAAGACAUUCAAUCAGAGCUCCCAUCUUUCUGUACAUCAGAAAAUCCGUGCAGGUGAGAAACUUUAUGAAUGCAAUCAGUGUGGAAAGAUAUUCACAAAUAACUCCAGUCUUGCUGUACAUCAGAGAAUCCACACUGGGGAGAAACCUUAUGAAUGCAAGCAGUGUGGAAAGACAUUCAGUCAGAGUUCCCAUCUUGCUGUACAUCAGAGAAUCCAUACUGGAGAGAAACCUUAUGAAUGCAGUCAUUGUGGAACGACAUUCACAAAUAACUCCAGUCUUGCUGUACAUCAGAGAAUGCACACUGGGGAGAAACCCUAUGAAUGCAAGCAAUGUGGAAAGUCAUUCCGACAGAGAUGCACUCUUGCUAUACAUCAGAGAGUCCACACUGGGGAGAAACCUUAUGAAUGCAAGCAAUGUGGAAAGGCAUUCCGACAGAGCUCCAAUCUUGCUAGUCAUCAGAGGAUCCACACUCGAGAGAAACCGUAUCAAUGCAAACAAUGUGGAAUGAGUUUCAGAAAUAGCACCAAUCUUUCUUAUCAUCUUGGAGUCCACACAGUGAAUUCAUAAUUUAUGAAAUGGGGCUGGGCUGGGUACACAGUAGAAAAAAUCAGGACUAGUAUUCAUAAGGUGGCAGAAACCAUUUUAAUAAGACCCAGAGACAAGUAGUGAAAAGAGGAAACGGUACUUUGCUUGUUUUGUGAAAUAAUCUUUAUAGUAUUGUGAUUAGAUGUUUUUUUGUUUGAUAGAAUCCAUCUGGCCCUGGGGGUUUUUUCUUAGGAAGGAGUUUUACCAAAUUCCUUUUAUGACAUUAAUAUGGUACUGAUUCCAAAGCCAGGCAGACCAGAAACCAAGGAAGAAAACUAAAGACCAAUCUCCUUAAUGAACAUAGAUGCAAAAAUAUUACGUAAAAUACUAGCAAAAAGAAUCCAGCAAGUGAUCACGAGGAUUAUCCAUUAUGAUCAGGUGGGAUUUAUACUAGAAAUGCCAGCAUCGUUUAAUAUUAGGAAAACUGUCCAUAUAAUUUACCAUAUCAAUAAUCAAACCAACAGAAAUCACAUGAUUAUAUCAAUAGAUGCAGAAAAAACCUUUGACAAAAUACAACACCAAUUCCUAUUGAAAACACUUGAAAGUAUAGUAAUAGUAUAGCCUUUCCUUAAAAAUAAAAAAUAGUAUAUAUUUAAAACCAUCAGCCAGUAUCAUCUGCAAUGGGGACAAGUUAGAAACUUUCCCAAUAAGAUCUAGAGUGAAGCAAGGAUGCCCAUGAUCACCUCUUUUAUUCAAUAUUGUACUAGAAAUGCUAGCAGUAGCAAUUAGAGAAGAAAAAUAAAUUGAUGGGAUGAAAGUAGACAAUGAGGAGACUAAACUACCACUCUUGCAGAUAAUAUGAUGGUAUAUUUGAAGAACCCCCAAAAAUCAACUAUAGGCUAGUAGAAAUAAUUAACAACUUCAGUAAAGUUUCAAGGUACAAGAUAAACCUACAUAGAUCAUCAGCCUGUCUAUAUAUUUAUUCCCAACAAAACUCAGCAGCAGAAGAUAGAAAGAGAAACUCCACUUUAAAUCACUCAAGACAACAUAAAUAUUUAGGAAUCUGUCUGCCAAGACAAACACAGGAAUCUUAUGAACACAACUAGAAAACACUUCACACAAUUAAAACUUGAUCUAAGCAAUUGGAAAAACAUUAAUUGCUCCUGGGUAGGAUGAGCCAAUAUAAUAAAAAUGACAAUCUAUCCCAAUUAAUCUUUAUUCAGUAGCAUACCUAUCAAACUACCAAAAAACUUUUUCAUAGAACUAGAAAAAAUUGUAAUGAAAUCCAUUUGGAAGAACAAAAGAUUAAUAUCAAGGGAAAUAAUUUAAAAAAUGUGAAGGAUGGGGUUCUAGCAGUACCAGAUCUUAAACUGUACUAUAAAGCAAUGGUCAUUAAAACAAUAUUGUCCUGGUCAAGAGACAGAAGGGUUUAUCAAUGGAACAGACUAGGGGUAAAUGACCACAGUAAUCUAGUGUUCUAUAAACCCAAACCCCACCUUUUGGGAAAAGAACUAUUUGACAAAAACUACUGGGAAAAUUGGAAACCAGUAUGGGGAAAAUUUAAUUUAGAUCAACAUCUUACACCCUUACACCAUGCCAAGAUAAAUUCAAAAUGGUUAAAUGAUGUAAAUAUAAAGGAUGAAAUGAUAAAUUAGGUGAACCUAGAUUAGUAUACCUGUCAGAUCUGUGGGAAAGGAAAGAUGUUAAGACUGUGGAAGAGAAAGAUAUUGAAGAAAACACAAGGACUGGGUUUUACAGUAUUAUCUCAUGCAAAAAGGAGAUAGAACCUUGGCUCCCAACAGGGGAUGGGAAUGGAAGCUCCCGCAAAGAAAAACACAUGAGUAGUUGAGGAUACAUUACCUUUUCCCUUUCUGAACUGAGGAGGAAAGGAGCAAUCUCACUGAGCUUAUCUGACUACAAAUCCAUUGAACAGAAGAUAUCUGGAUUAACCAUCCAUCUUGUUGGAUAAAGACUUUCUUUACAUGAAUCAUGUAACAAUGGGAAAAUAUUCUAAAUAAAAACUAGGGGGGAAAAGCCUCACCCCAUACACAAAAGAAGAGUGGAAAGGGAUAGAGAGGUAGGGGUGUGCCUCUUGGAUGGAGGAAUGUGAUAGUUAAGGGAGUCUGAAUGGAGAUGAGGAUGAGGAAUGGGUAAGAAGAGUAUCACUGACAAAACCAUGGAAUAGAGUUGGAAUUACUAGGAAGCCUAGACCCUAAGGAGAUGAGAGGGCUGGGCCAGGAGUUUGAGUCUUGUUUUCAUACUUAUUUGUGUUGGGAGAGAUGAGGGAAAUAGACCAGCUUUGCUCUGUGCCACCUUGAGAUGAGUUCAUUAAGAUAUCCAAAUCUUUACUGUUAUAACUUUAAAUUCAUCAUACCAACGUCAUGAUGCUCUUCUGGUGUCCUACUCCUCUGGAGCUGAGGAUUCCUGACUGGAUUGCAUCUGUAAUUUAGAGAUCAGAGGAUCAUAGACCUUGACCAGCACUACCUCAAUAGUUUCUCCUAAUUUGGCACAUAUCACUAGGAUGUGAAUUAUAACAAAUAUGUGAGACAAUAUGUAAAUUGUCUUCCUUUGAUCUUUGGCAUGAUUUGUAGGUGAUUUCCAGGUUCCUCUUGUAAUCUUAUUCCCUGCUAAAGCAUUGCUAUUGAUCAGAAGGAGUGGCCAAUGGUACCAGAAAGAGAUAAAAUUUUGAGACAAUUCAUGCCCUGGUCUCCUGUCCACCAUCAUGCACCAUGUCUAAACAGUAAACCAAAAUCAUAGCAAAAAGAAAAAUAUUAAAAAACCAUGGCAGAAAAGUGGGGGCCAACUGACACAUAUCUAGUGUACUGGGUUCUGAGUCUGAGCACAGAACAAUUUUGAGAUGCUGGGACCCUACCUAAGUCAACAACAGAGCACCCCAGGCCUAACUCAACCUUGAAGUCCCAAGGUAUGGCACUGGCCUGCAGUGAGGUCCCCAAGUCUCUGACAUUUGGCCUAUUUAAGCCUGUGGUGAGGCUCCUGAAUCCAGGGCAAUGCAGCUCCCAGGCCUCUGAGCUCUUCAAGCCAUCAGCAGUACUGAGAGGAGACUGAAUCAACAGCUUCUAGAGCUCUCAGCCCAUAGGCCAUCAUACCACCAUGGAAGUAGUGCAAGUUGUAGAAAUUGAGAACUAGAGCUGAGAAGAAAAUUGUAGUUUAAUAGAAUGCCCCCUCUACUCUGAAAACAGAGCCCACCUUUAAGAUAUAAUUGUAAAAAAAAAAAAAUAUAUAUAUAUAUAUAUAUAUAUAUAUUUAAAAGACUGGGAAAAUGAGUCAACAGCAAAAGAAGCACCUAAUUGUAGAAAAUGUCUAAGGGGAAAAAGAAGAGCAAGGCAUAAACUCAGUAGGAGACAGUGAAAUCAAAGCAACCACAUACAAAACAACAAAGAAAUAUAGAAAUUGGUCCCAGGUGCUGGAAUCACUCAAGAGGGAUUUCAACAAUUGUGUAAUUACAAUUUGAACCCUAUCACUACUAUUCCCAUGUAACCCCACCUCUCACACUCUUCCUGUGAUUGUGUUUUGCUGGAGAUGGUAUGAGGUGAGCUGGCAGGAGAAAUAAUUUACAUUGUCUUAUUUCUGUUAAAUAAUUAGGUUUUGAUACUUCUAUUUCCUUUUUAUUCCUUCUACUUCAUCAUUAAUAAACUUUAUAAAAUAUAA